GUGAUCGACAUCUGCCAGGAGGUCAUCAAGCAGUCCAAUGUGCAGAUCCUCGUGCCCCCCGCGCGCCCCGACAUUAUGCUCUUCCGUCCGGGGGCUGCCGACCUCGGCUUCCCUCUUGACAUGACCAACGGUGCUGCUUUGGCACCCAAUGGCAACGGCAUCGCUGGCAUGCCCGAAGACGAGGCCGCGCGGGCUGCGCUCACGGCUGCGCAGUCCUCCCUCCCUGUGCUGCAGGGUGUGGACCGCCUGCCCAUGGUGGCAGGACCUCUGUCCCCACCGCUGCUGGCCUCGCCCUUCCAGAACGUUGCUGCUAGUGCCCCAACUUUAAGCACCAAGAGGGGCAGAGGGCGUCCCCGUAAAGCCAAUCUCUUGGACUCCAUGAUGUUCGGUACCCCAGGGGGCCUGCGAGAGGCUGGUAUCCUGCCUUGUGGUCUCUGUGGGAAAGUAUUUACGGAUGCUAAUCGUCUCCGUCAGCAUGAGGCUCAGCACGGGGUGACAAGCUUGCAGCUGGGCUACAUAGACAUCCCACCCCCAAGACUGGGCGAAAAUGGCGUCCCUGGUCAGGAUGACCCCGAUGCACCCCGAAAAAGAAGCAGGACGAGGAAACAGGUGGCGUGUGAGAUCUGUGGCAAGAUUUUCCGGGACGUGUACCACCUGAAUCGGCACAAGCUGUCACACUCUGGCGAGAAGCCUUACUCUUGUCCAGUGUGUGGCUUACGGUUCAAGCGGAAAGACAGGAUGUCCUAUCAUGUUCGAUCCCACGAUGGGUCUGUGGGAAAGCCCUACAUCUGCCAGAGCUGUGGAAAAGGCUUUUCCAGGCCAGACCACUUGAAUGGACACAUCAAACAGGUGCAUACCUCAGAGAGACCUCACAAGUGUCAGACUUGUAAUGCUUCCUUUGCCACUCGUGACCGACUGCGCUCACACCUAGCAUGUCAUGAAGACAAGGUUCCAUGCCAGGUGUGUGGGAAGUACUUGCGAGCAGCAUAUAUGGCAGAUCACUUGAAGAAACAUAGUGAAGGACCAAGCAAUUUCUGCACUAUCUGUAACCGAGGUUUCUCCUCUGCCUCCUACUUAAAGGUCCAUGUUAAAACCCACCACGGUGUUCCCCUUCCCCAGGUCUCCAGGCACCAGGAGUCCAUCCCGAAUGGGGGAGCAGCGUUCCACUGCGUCAGGACCUAUGGCAUCAAAGAAGGCCAGAAAUGUUCACAUUCGGACCCGAUUGAGAGUUCUGAUUCAUACGGAGACCUCUCUGACACCAGUGACCUCAAGACUCCUGAGAAACAGAGCACCAAUGGGUCCUUCUCGUGUGACAUGGCAGUCAGCAAAAACAAAAUGGAGACGGAAGCAGAGAAGAAGUACCCUUGCCCGGAAUGUGGCAGCUUUUUCAGAUCAAAGUCUUAUCUGAACAAACACAUACAGAAAGUUCACGUCAGGGCCCUUGGUGGUCCAUUGGGGGACCUCGGUCCUGCUCUAGGAUCCCCCUUUUCACCCCAACAGAACAUGUCUCUCCUGGAGUCAUUUGGGUUUCAGAUCGUCCAGUCAGCAUUUGCAUCAUCUCUAGUGGAUCCAGAGGUCGACCAGCAACCAAUGGGGCCAGAGGGGAAAUGAGAUCAGUUUGAUCUUAACAAAGCAAAGCAGCAGUCUGGCUAUAAUGAUAAGAUGCUGUGAAAGAAAGAGGAAAUAAUGAAAUUUGGUUCUAUAGCUGAGAAUUUUUUAUUCAUUUUAGCUUCCCUCUUUGUCUCAUGCCCUACCCCACCUUUAAACCUUCACUGGGGAGAGGGAGAAAAUGCUUCUUAGCUGAUAAAUUACAGAAGAUGGUGACCUUGAAUAGGAGACGUGAUCUAAAACACCAAAUGGAGCUUUAGAGGCUGCUACUGGUGUUUUGUCAUGAUCUUCCUAGAAUAAACAAAAUUUGCCAGCACUGAUCUGAGAAUUAGACAGUCCUAAUGACCGAGGCACCUGGGGAGCUACAGCUACAGGGAGCUAUGCUUUUGUUCUCUCUCUAUUCCCCACCUUCCCUAACCUACCCCAGAAAAACAGUAAGUUUUAAAAAAAGACCCCUUAUUGACCCAUUAUUGAAUAUAACAUUAAGUAAAAUGCCCUGUGGUACCUAGCAGGUUACAAUGCAGUUGUCCUUUUUAAAACAGAAAAAUUUAAAGAAGGUGAGAGAAUUUGAACCCCUUCUGCCAUUUGUGAGGCUGUGAGUGCUGCAGCAGGACUGAACUGCUGAGAAAAAUCACCAUUCAGAACAGGUUGUUUUUGUUACUUUUAACCAUUAAAUU